UGUCGAAUCUGCCAAACACGAAAGGUCACACACAAGGAGAUGCGAUGCAGUGAGAGGUGUGUGCAAAUACGAUCGUAUUUCUCCAAAUGAUUCGUUUUAGAUCAGUCAACCUUCAACUACUCUUCGUCAGUCCUUUCUUAUAGCAACAGUAGUGUGUCCUGCAUUUUGAAAAGCGAUACUAUCCGGCAUUCAUAAUUCCUGUUAGCUAACGUUAGUUCAGCUAGCCAAGUCAACUGUAGGUUUGUACCCCACUUCAAUUGGGGAAACUUGUUUGUUAAAACAUCUCUGUCACUGACACGAUGCUGAGGAAUCUUGUGAGAUUUCACAAUUGUCUGGGGCAUGCUUUCUCUCCUCCCACUGUCUGCCCAAGACGUCAAAUGUUUAAGCUGCUCCCUCUGCUCUCUGUGAACUCAAAAUCCUACUCCAUUAUCACAGAAAGAAAGAAAUUCUAUGAGGAUGUUAGCAUAUCCCAUGGAGAGGGUGGCAUGUUUGAGAUCAACCUGGACCGGCGGAAACUGAAAACACCAGGAGGAAAGCUGUUCACAGCCCCCAACGAAGCCUUAGCCAUUGCCGUGGCGAAUGAAUGGGAUACUCAGAAAGACAUGCUCAAGUUCUACAGCAUGCAUAUGACCACUCUCUGCAACACCGCCCUAGAUAACCCUACGUUCCGCAGCAAGGACCAAAUGAUCACUGCUGCCCUCAAGUAUCUGGAGACUGACACUCUCUGUUACAGAGUUGAGGAGCCUCCAUCACUAGUUGAGCUUCAGAAUAAUGAAUGGGACCCUGUGUUGAACUGGAUUGAAGACAGGUACAACGUAGUCAUUGGCUCCUCCACCAGUAUACUGGGGCCAGAGAUCCCACAGGCGACGAUGGAUACUUUCCGCCAGCACCUAGGUUCCUAUAACUUCUGGUCCCUGACAGGUCUGGAGUAUGUGAUCACCCAGCUGAGGUCAGUGGUGCUUGCCUUUGCUUUAAUAGACAAACACAUUACAGUGGAGCAGGCCGUGCUGCUGUCACGACUAGAGGAGGAGUUCCAGAUCGGGCAUUGGGGAAAUGUAGAGUGGGCUCAUGAUGUUGACCUGUAUGAUCUGAGGUCACGUACAGCAGCAGGGGCUCUGUUUGUACAUUUCUCUUCUGAAAGUUCAACGGUCAAACGCAAACUCAUGCAAGACUAAGGAGGACAUUCAGUGCUUCCCUGAGUCAACACAAACUCAGACAGGACUCUUAAGAGCAAAGGCAGUGUACUGGCCUUUGACUGGGAAGAAAUCGCAAAUCCUUAGGACUUGUGUUUAUCUCUGGUUGUUGUCCUUUGUGGAAUAAAAACACAUAAUAUUUUA